UACAAUUGGAUAAAGAAAGUAAAGUGUUCAGACACGUGCAGAGAUCUUAUAAAAUCAAAAAUAUUCACAUAAAAUGCAGGAGGAAAUCAGUAUGGAGGUUGAUGAGAGUAUAGUAAAAGAAGAAAACAUCGAUGCUCCAGAGAUUAGCUAUGAGGAAAAGCUACAGCUUGUGAAUGCUAUUGCCAAACCUAUAGCACCUAAGAAACUAACCAAAAAGAUCUAUAAAUGUAUAAAGAAAGCAUCCAAGCACAAGACAUACCUGCGCAAUGGCUUAAAAGAUGUACAGAAACAUCUUCGUAAGGGUGAAACAGGUUUGGUUGUUUUUGCGGGAGAUGUAUAUCCCAUUGAAAUUAUGUGUCACUUACCAGUUGUAUGUGAGGACAAAAAUAUUCCCUAUUGCUUUACUCCAUCGAGAUUAGAUAUUGGUACAGCAAUGGGUGUAAAGCGUGGCAGUCUUAUGGUGCUGAUAAAAGAACAUCCAGAUUAUAAAGAUUUACUUGAUUGAUAUAAUUAAAAACUAUUAAAAGCGUGUUUGGUAAAAAGCACUCUGAACUAGUUGGCAUAUUGUAAAGAAAUCUGUUUAUUCAUGAAUGAUGCGGAAGAAUAUCCUGUGCUCCUUGAAUGAGAUUAUUCGUAUAAAUAACACAGUCAUAUUUGCUAAAUAUUUAUAUGCCCAUACGCAAAAAUAGUGCAUUGUAUUAUACAUAUGUAUAUAUAUAUAUAUACACACAUAUCUUGUGUAUAUGUAUAUAUGUAUGUACAUAUGUGUUAUAUGUGUGAAUACUAUUAUCACUCUUCUUUAGAGAAAGAUGAGCGUAGAAUGACGAUUCGCAUUCGCGCGCAAAGAUUGAACCGAAUACAUAAGUCGUCGUCGUCAUCGGUUCGAUCAAUUAGGGAAGUGCGAAAUUAAUUGUGGAUUGUCAGCCGAUUCUUUUCGAAUUAUGUUCUCUUCGUCUUGCGUUAUUUUUUUUUUUUUUUAAUUACCUCUUGAAUUAAAAUUCUCCUUUAUGCGGUUACAGGAUAAAUCUUAUUUAAUAGCUAACGCGCGUUAUUUAUUCUUGUUACACAUCAAUAUAGAAGAUAUAAAAACAUGUGUUUCUUCUCAUAUCAGGUUGAAACAAUCGUGCGUAAUCCAUCGUGAAUGCAAAAUUGCGUGCAUGAUCACAGAACACAAUCCGCAAAAUUGCGAAUUAAUUACAACUAAAAAGGAAAGAAUGGAAAAUAUUUGCGGAAAAAAGAAUUCGCAGAACAAAACUCGAAGUGCAAAUAUGUCAUACAGAGCGCUUCUCUACCUGUUUUACAUUCCUGGAUCGGCUAGGUUUUAAGCAGCAUUUUAAACAAUUUUGAUGAAAAAUAAAUAAUAUCCAAUGCUUCAAUGUUUGUAUUUUUUAAAAUAUUUUUGAGACUCUUUUGUAACAUUAAAAUAAUUCAAGAUGUUAGAUUUAUUUUUAUGGUCAUUAAGUUUGUUCAGGGAACUAAAUAUCUUUCUUGUUAUGUUAAAUUAUUCUUGUUGUAGACCUUGUAUAUGUAUAUUUUAUAAAAAAAAAAUUAUAUAUUUAAAAGAAAUUAAUUUUUCUGAAAAAGAUGCAGCAAAAUUUUUCCUACAUCAAUGUCGAACAUCUUAUAAUAUCAAAGUCACUAAAAUAAAAUAUAAAAAAGCAUAUAUUGUAUUAUUUUUAAAUACAAAGGAGCUUGUAAUACAUUUAUAAUUAUAAUCUAAAAUAGUUUGUAUAGCAAAUGAAAAGUCCGAUUUUUGUUGUUAGGUCAAGAAGCCCUGUUCUGUAUCUUCGAUUGAGUUACAAUGAAUUUCAAGUUCUUUUUUAACCAUACAAAAGCAAGAUGUCGCAAAUAUUUUUCCAGCAACGAAUGAAUAUAUAAUUAAAGUUUAAUAAAAGUAGAUAAAUAUGUAUAAACGAAAUCUUAUAUCAGAAGUAUUAAAAAUGCAUAACGUAUUUCUUGCAGUCUCUUUGAUAAAUCUUAUCGAGAGAGAUUCGUCGAUUUCUUUUUGACGAAGAUUUAUUUCAGUGGUGAAAAAUCAUUUUAAUGUAAUCAUAAUUUUAUUGAAUAGCAUUCUAGUGCUAGUGUAUCUAAAAAUUAACAAAAAUUUGCAUUUUUUAUUUUCCGCACGAAAUAAUGUAAUUUUUAAUUUGAAUUUAGCUUAAAUCAUCUUGUGAAAAAAAAGAAUUUAAAUAUGACACAGAGGCAUAAAUUGACAUUCUUAUUUGAACGAUACUUAAAAAGUUUGAUGCCAGUUCUUAGAUUUAAUUCAGAUAGAUUACUUUGCGCAUAAAAAUAAACUUGAUUUUUUUGGAUUGCUAUUUGUUUUUUUUUGUUUUUUUUUGUUUUUUUUUUGUUUUUUUUUUAGUAUUCCGUUAUCAUUUACACUCUCAUCAAAACACAUAUCCAUGACGUUAUUGAAGCAAUAUUAAAGGGGAAAGAGAGUCAACGAAAAAUAAUUAAAAUAAAAUAUUAAAUAUGAAACGCGAUUUAUUAUAUUAUUUUGUCUGUCCUUAUUGCUCUUUGAUAACGUCGAAGAAAUAAAUGUUUUACGAAAAAAUAUAUUUCUUUUCUCUCACUCUCUUUCCUCGUUUAUUCUCUCACUCUUACUCAGGAACGCAAAUGCAAGGAAACCGCGCAUGAAUCCUUUGGUUUGUCGAUUUACCAAUAUGAUCGAGCGCUUAAUUCUAUUGUUAUCAAUAUUUCAGUAUAAAAUAUACACUUAGGACUAAAUAUAUCAUAUAUACAUGAGCGACGAAGGAGAACAUUGACAUCGAAAUUGACGUAACGUACAAGUGGGACGUUAUUCUUAUCCUUGCUGGAACAGAUAUACACAGAUAUCACUGUGUCCGUAUUAUAUUCGAGUGCUUUUUCUUUCUCUUUCUCUCUCUCUCUCUCUCUCUCUGCUCACUUAAACAUAAUUUCAUUAUAGAUCGGGCAGUAGCGUGAUUGUGUAUCAGUGACAAAAAUUCAUUGCGACUUUUAUACAAAAAAAAAUUGAUGGUUUAAAAUGAA